GCAAAAUAACAUAGCAUAAAACACCAACAUUAAAAAAUAUUAAAAAGAAAUGACAGAAUCUAAUCAAAUUUUAAAUGAUGGAGUUUUUAUACUUCAAUGUGGUGUACAAUGUAGUUCUUGGGGAAAAAAAGGAGAAGAUAGUAUGGUUGCUCUUUUAUUAAAAAAUAAUCCGUCAUUUGUUUUAGACAAAGAUCAAAAUUAUGCAGAGCUUUGGAUGGGGUCACAUCCUUCUUUUCCUUCUGUUGUUAGAAAUGAAAAAGGGUCUAUUCCUCUAGCAGAUUUAAUUAAAUCUGAUUCAAGCAAAACUUUAGGUGUAAAUGUUGCAGCCAAGUUUAAUGGAGAACUUCCUUAUUUGUUCAAGGUAUUGUCUAUAGAUAAAGCCCUUUCCAUUCAGGCUCAUCCUUGCAAACAACUUGCUGAGAAACUUUUUAGAGAGCAGCCGCAUAUCUACAAAGAUCCAAAUCAUAAACCAGAAAUGGCUAUUGCAAUAACCAAGUUUGAAGCAUUAUGUGGAUUUCGACCAGUUGAGGAAAUAUUAUCAUUUUUUAAAGAGGUCAAAGAAUUACUUCCAAUAGUGGGGCAGAGUGCAGUUGAUAAUCUUAUUAGUGCAGAAAUGGCUUCAGACAAGCGAGUCAAACAGUCUGCUGUUCAGCAUGCAUUAAAAGAAGUUAUAACAUGUUUAAUGAAAUGCGAUGAGAAGGUUAUAGAACACCAGUUAUCGAGCCUUGUUGCACGUUUAGAAGAUUGUCACAAAAACGGAGAAUCUACUGCCCCCUACUUAGGUCAUUUGCUGUUACGCACUCACAAACAAUUUCCGGGUGAUAUUGGAUGUUUCUUUGUAUAUUUUUUAAACCAUCUUGUUUUGGAACCUUAUGAAGCUAUCUUCUUUCAACCUAAUGUUCCCCAUGCAUACUUGGUAGGAGAUAUUGUAGAGUGUAUGGCAUCAAGCGAUAAUGUGGUUCGGUUAGGACUAACUCCAAAAUUUAAAGAUGUUGAUUUGCUUCUUCAAAUGCUAGAUUGCAUGCCCCAAACAUUAGAAAGCACUAAAUUUACACCAUAUGUGUCUGCUGAAGACCCAAGUGUUUGUGUCUACAAUCCUCCUGUUGAUGAUUUUAGUGUUAAAAAAAUACAGAUUGAUCGUGGUACACUUUUCUACAAGCUGAUGCCAAUUGAUGGACCAAGUAUACUUUUAGUUUUAUCAGGUAGUGGAGAGUUUACAUACAACACUGGAUGUUCGAAUUUCAGUAGAGGAACUGUUAUAUUUAUUUCAUGUAAUGAAAAUGUUCAGCUUGUUAACAUUUCUCCAAACGAAGAUGUUUUGCUUUUCCAAGCAUAUUGCGAUAUGCAACCUCUUGAAUAGUUUUAAAACCGUAUUUAGAGUAGAAGUAAUUUUUUUAAUGAAUAUACAUUUGGUGGAUUUUAAAGAUUCCAUUCCAUUGUGGAUCAUUGUUGUGGAUAGACUGCAAAAAGUCAUCAUCAUACUCAAUAGAUUAUCAUAGACUAGAAUUCAUGUGAUUCCAAGUAUUUUUAAUAUUUAAGUUAUAGCAUGAAACAUUUUAUUUCAAAUGUUUUUUUAUGUUUUUUUUUUGUUUCUUUGCUUUGGUUUUUGUUUUUAUUUUCUUAUUUUGAAAAUGAGGAAUCCAUACUUUUCUGUUUCCAUAUGAGAAAAUUAUCUGAUUUGAACUGAAUUUUUUUUAAACUUAACUCGAUAUGUGUAGUAAUAAAUAAUGAUAAAAAGCAACAAAAGAUUUUCCAAAAUGUUUUUACAGCAUAAAGUAAAAAAAAAAAAAAUUUCAUUUAUUAUUUAUUUUCAAUGUUAUUUUUUCUUAUUCUUUACUUUUGAAUAUUUUUUAAUGAUAAUGUAGCAUACAUCAGAAAACAAGGUAGGUAUUUUAUUAAGGGUAUUUUGUUCAUAUUAUGAAAAUUAAAAAAAAAAGUAAACAGGUUUUUCAA